AAUACAGUCUACAGAAUAUAUAUUAUAUAUCAUUGAUGGACAUAUACAUUUAAUAAGCUGACAAAAUGGAACCAAAGAUAACGCUGUACGAACACAUCAGUUAUGGCGGAAGAAGCCAAGAUUUUACAGAAUCCUGUCCCGAUUUAGAUGAGUAUGACUUUGAUGACAUCACAUCAAGUGCAAAAUGCAACAGAGGGGUGUGGAUACUCUACUCGGAAAAAUAUUACCAAGGAAAUAUUUUCGUCGUGCAGGAUGGCGAAGAUUAUAAUGACAAUCUCUGUGAUAAUUUCAAUGACUAUGCAUCAUCUAUAAGAUUGCUGGACAACUUUGAUUUUACUGAAGAGUCCAAGUGUACAAUAUACAAAGACAACAACUUUUUAGGGCGUUCUCUGACUUUCCGUGAUGAUGUACCUAAUCUGAAAUUGUUUAAUUUGGAUGACGAAAUGUCAUCAGUUGUGGUGAAAAGUGGUGCGUGGGUUGGAUUUACAGAGUGUAAUUAUGAAGGAGAACAAAGUCUGUUUCUGAGUGGGCGUUAUACCGUAUAG